AAACUCUUAGAAAUAAAUCCUUUACCCACUUCUAUAUAAGUAUGUAUAAAUAUUAAUACAAUUUGCGCGUAAUCUGACCUGAGCGUACAGGUUUUUGUUUGAUAGGAUUUUUUACUGGAUAACAGAUAAUUGAGAUCUAAAAAUACGAAAAUCUGUAUUAUGAUUGAUCUUAAUUUUGCCAUGUGAUAUACAUUUUCAUAUUUUUUCCAUACUAACUUAAUACCUGUAUAUAUGUAUAAUAACAUUUAUAUGUAAUAAUUUUUUAGAACUGUCAGUAAUUUAUCCGAUUGCGAUAAAGCUGCUGGAAGCGCACAAGAAGAUGACGAUUGUUUGCUACUAUCAACUUCAACAAAAGAGUACAUGUGAAAAUAGACCGUUGUCUUCAACUUCACCAGGAAACAGCAUAUGUGAACCGUUGUCAGGAGCUUUACGUCGGCCGUCACAAACUUCGACACCCAAAACAACUUCGAAAGCAUAUAGUGACUCUUUGAUGCCAUCAGAACUACGUGACGAUCUUAAAAAAGUUCUAAAUACUCCAGUUCCACAAAAAGAUGCCAUUGAUCAUUUUGUUCUUUGUUUAUCAGACGGGAUGCGAAAGCUAUCUCGUAAAAAAUCUCGUUUAUUGCAAAUAGCAAUUCUGCAGCUUCUUGCAGAUGCAGAGGAAGAGGAAGCCAAAGAAAAUAAUUUUUAGUUUAUUUUUAUACAAUAUUUAAUAACUUGUAUAAUUAGUAUUUUAUAUCCGU